CGGUUUUGCUCGUCUCAUUUUGUUCCAUUCGCGACGGGAGCGGCUUGAGACCCGUGUGCGGUUGUCUUCCUUCUCCUGCGCGUAGGUGGCGGCCGUGCGGGAUCAUGGUGCUCGACCUGGACCUUUUUCGCGUCGACAAAGGCGGCGACCCGGACCUUGUGCGCGAGACGCAGCGCAAGCGCUUCAAGGACCCGGCUCUCGUGGACGCGCUGGUGGCUGCCGACGGGGCCUGGCGGAGAUGCAGAUUCCGUGCAGACAAUCUGAACAAACUGAAGAACUUGUGCAGCAAAACCAUAGGCGAGAAAAUGAAGAAAAAAGAACCGGUGGGAAAUGAUGAGCACAUACCAGAAAAUGUACAAAAUCUUGAUGAACUCACAGCAGACAUCUUAGCAGGUCUUCAGGUUAACCAAAUAAAGAAAGUCCGUCUUCUAAUUGAUGAAGCGAUUCUGAAAAGUGAUGAAGAACGCUUGAAGCUGGAAGCUGAACGGUUUGAAAACCUCAGAGAAAUUGGAAAUCUCCUUCACCCUUCCGUGCCUAUCAGCAAUGAUGAGGACGUGGAUAACAAAGUGGAGAGAAUAUGGGGAGACUGCACAGUGAGGAAAAAAUACUCUCAUGUGGACCUGGUUGUCAUGGUGGACGGCUAUGAAGGUGAAAAGGGAGCCAUUGUAGCUGGAAGCAGAGGAUACUUUCUGAAGGGUCCCCUGGUCUUUUUAGAGCAAGCUCUCAUUCAGUAUGCUCUGCAGACACUAUUUAGCAAAGGAUAUGUCCCUGUUUAUACCCCCUUCUUCAUGAGAAAAGAAGUGAUGCAGGAAGUGGCCCAGCUAAGUCAAUUUGAUGAAGAACUCUACAAGGUACUUGGCAAAGGCAGUGAGAAGAGCGAUGAUAACACCAUUGAUGAGAAAUACCUGAUUGCUACAUCAGAGCAGCCAAUUGCAGCUUUGCACAGGGACGAAUGGCUGAAGCCAGAGGAACUGCCCAUCAGAUAUGCUGGGCUCUCUACCUGCUUCCGCCAGGAAGUUGGCUCACACGGUCGCGAUACCAGAGGCAUUUUCCGCGUGCACCAGUUUGAAAAGAUUGAGCAGUUUGUGUAUGCAUCGCCCCAUGAUAACAAGUCUUGGGAGAUGUUUGAUGAAAUGAUUGCAACUGCUGAGGAGUUCUAUCAGUCUCUGGGCAUCCCUUAUCACAUUGUGAAUAUUGUUUCAGGUUCUUUGAAUCAUGCUGCCAGUAAGAAGCUGGAUCUAGAGGCAUGGUUCCCUGGUUCCGGAGCUUUCCGUGAACUUGUGUCUUGCUCAAACUGCACUGACUACCAGGCACGUCGACUGCGGAUCCGCUAUGGGCAAACCAAAAAGAUGAUGGACAAAGUGGAGUUUGUACAUAUGCUCAAUGCCACCAUGUGUGCAACAACACGCACCAUCUGUGCCAUUCUGGAGAAUUAUCAGACUGAGGAAGGAAUUGUUAUACCAGAGAAAUUAAGGGAGUUCAUGCCACCAGGUCUGAAAGAAAUGAUAAAAUUUGUAAAACCUGCCCCUAUUGAUGAAGAACUUUCCAAGAAGCAGAAGAAGCAGCAGGAGGGAGGCAAAAAGAAAUCAGCUGGUGGAGACUGUGCUCUGGAAGGAAAGAUGCAGAACAUGGAUGUGAAUAGCUCCUGAAGCAACUUCUCAUGUUACUUUUCCUGAGGCUGUGCGGUUUAGUAUAUAAAGCUGGGGGGGCCUCAUUGAUAUGAAUUGCUGCUUUGUCUCAUCCUUCCUAUCGCCAUGGGCAAGUUACUUUUCCCCCUCUCAGCUUCUACCCUCUGUAGCACAGGAAGAUGGCACUUCUGUGGUGGCCGUGGAAAUCCACUGGUAUUGUCUCUGCUUUGAAUGUAGAGAGCACUGCAGGUGCUGAUGAUAUUCACAGCAGUUUUAUUUAAAUUAUGUUAAUUAUCUAUCCAGUUGGAAAUCAAAGCAGAGGGAACAAAGUGUUGUCUAAUGUUUGUUCGCUGAAAAUUUCUGUUAAGGAAAACAAGACUCGGGUGAAGCAAAGUUCCAAAGGGAUAUUCAGUAUAGGCACUUACAUAAUGUUACAGACAAGACAGUUGUCACAUAAUCAUAGGAUUUAAUCUGAUUUGGAGGAAUUCAGUGAAUAAAAACAAAUUCUUGAGAAAUUGA